AUGGAAACAUCUGAUUUAAAGGUAGGGGAUUCUGACUAUAUAGCAACAAAGACAGCUGAGCUAAAGGAAUUCUUUAAAGAUGCAAAAUUCCCUCAAUCUGUUAUUGAUAAAGCUAUUGAAAAUGAACUUAAACCAUUAAUUCAAGGCGUUAAUGUAGAUAGACCUUAUAUAGCUGCUUCAGCAUCAGGAACUGUGAAGUCAGAGUAUGAGGUCAUGACAGGACAACCGUUUACUAACAUCGAAGAUCAUAGUAAGCCAUUAACCUCGGAACAAAUAAAAGAAUUGGUGAAAAAUAGCCCGAUCAUAGCUGAAAAAGCCCGUCAGAUUCAAAUUGUAAUUAAUCAUGACUCUCUUAAUAAUGACAUUGCGGUUCCAUUAGAUCAGGUCAAUAUAUCAAAGUACGAUGAUAUUCAAUCAGAACUCGACUCAUCAGUUGGUGAUGCUGCAAAACAGAAUACAAUCAAAUACAGAAAUAUGCAGGUCUUGAUGAAUGCUGCAGCCGCUUAUAGAUCUAAAAGUCAAAUAUUUAAAACACAGACUAUUAACGAAGAAAAUAUAUCUAAUGAUUCUGAAUCAAGCGAUGAAAGAGAGUUUGAUGCUAUAGAUAAAGUUGUGACAGAAUGCACCAAUAAGUCUUACGAAACAAGAUAUCAAGAGACCAAGGAAAUGUUGCAGCAAUUGGCUGACAAGCACGAAGACCCCAAUGAAAUAAAUAAAAGUGAAAGAUCUCCUCGUAAGCUGCAAAUAGAAGAAAAUAAAAUUUUGAAGGAAUCGUCAUAUUGUUUAGUGCGUGGUCCGAAAACAGACUCUUCUUUUGAAGGAAUCAAAGAAAGUUAUGCUAUUAAUGAUGCUUUAAAUAUACCUAUGAAGGAUAAUCCAAUCAAACUUGACCUUAGUGGCGAAAUCAAAAAUAAAAUAGAUUCUGAACAACCGGUAUGCAUUGAUAAAAGUAAUGCAGAGGAUUGCAGUCCGAAAAAUUUUGAAGUAAAACUUAAAGCAACUGAAAAAGUUCUUAAUGAUAUAAAUUGUAUUUUAAGUAAAGAUGAGCAUUAUAUUAAUGAAAAUAAUCGCGACGAAACUAAAUCCUUAAGCUGUAGCUUUAAACAAACAGAUUCAGUACUAUCACUUCAAAAUAAUAGUUGUAAUUCAAGGCAGGCAAACAAUCAUAGAGUAAAAUUUGAUGAAAACAUGGAAAGAUCUUUACACAAUACACUGGAAAAUAUUUUUGAAAUUGGUAAGAAUGAAAACGCUGAAAACAAUGAGCUUGAGUUUAGGGAGAUGAAAAAUCUUGCUCGUAAUAUUGUUGAAGGUGCUGAAAACCUAAACACACUUAUUAAAGAAGAUAUAACAAAUAAAUUAAACAGCAUGAAUGAGUUACUAAACGGUGUUAAUGAAGCUUUAGAAAAUUCUAGAAAAUCUAAUCUCGCUUACCAGAAAUUAAAAGAAGAGAAUGAGAUUGAUAGAAAACAUAGAUCAAUUACUGAAAAUGAUACUGAAGAGAUCGGAAAUAAUAUUGACAAUGAACCUAAAUCUUCUUCUCAUUUAGAAAUAAAUGACAUUCACAGUGCAAUAAAUAAGUUAAAUGAUGAAAUAAAAUGUCACGAAAGUAGAAUUAAUACAAGUAAGGCAAAUUAUGAAAGUAGAAAUAAAGAAUGUAAGGAGUUCCUCAAAGACUUGGACGAGGUCCUACAAAAAUCACAUAGUAUUUUGCACCCAAAAUCUACCAAUUUUAAUGGCGGUAAUUCUGAAAAAAUGGAAAGUAAGUGUCUAUUGCAAAUAGACGAAAGUGAUAAAGUAGAUGAAAGUAUUAAUUGUGAUGUCGUAAAAAGAGACGUCGUAGGAAACAAAGAUCUAGAAAAGAACAGAAAGAUUGACAGACUUUUAUAUGACAUAAAAGAUAAAAUGAAAGACAAUAAGGAAGUUUUACGUCUUGCUAAUAAUUUAUUGAGACGGGAAGAGAACAAAAAAGUUAGUACAAGUCAAAGCGUAUCAAUUGUGGAAACAGAUGAUAAAGCCAAAGGAGAUUACGUAAGAAAAGAUGAACUAUUAGACAAAAACGACAACGACAAAGACGACAAAAUAUUGGAAGUGCCACCUCUAGAUAAAGUGUUAAUAGAUAAAAAUGAAGAAGAAGAUAAAAAACAGCAGGAAAAGAAUGAUAAGCAAAGACAGUUCCAGUCAAAGAUUGAUAAAGAAUUAGAAGAACAAGACAGAGGCCCUCGAAUGACAAAAGAACUUAUUAAAAAUCUUUGCAAGCAACACAAGUUGUACAGCACUCCUUAUCUUAACGAUAUACUUUAUUUACACUUUAAGGGAUUUCCAAGAAUAGAGAAUUUAGAAGAAUACACUGGUUUGAAAUGCAUAUUUUUAGAAAAUAAUGGUAUUCAAAAAAUUGAAGGUUUGGAUACGCUCUCUGAACUGAAAUGUCUCUAUCUACACUAUAAUAUAGUGAGGAAGAUUGAAAAUCUAAACGGUUGUCCUAAGCUAAAUUCAUUGAAUUUAGACCAUAAUUUCGUAACGAAAAUUGAAAAUUUGGACGUUGUUCCCGAUCUACAAACGCUGAGUAUUAGUCAUAACAUGUUGAGCAGUAUCGAUGAUUUGAAUGAUUUGCGAUUUUGCAAGAAUCUAUCAGUUUUAGAUUUAUCCUACAAUCGUUUGGAGGAUCCGAUAAUCGUCGACGUGUUAGCAGAUAUGGCCGUAUUAAAAGUGUUGGUGUUGACUGGAAAUCCGGUGGUGCGCAAUAUCCCUGCGUAUCGCAAGACGCUAACACUCAGGCUGUUGGAGUUGCUCAACCUGGACAAUCGUCCCGUGUUCCCGCGUGAUCGGGCCUGUGCUGAGGCGUGGCGCCGCGGUGGCGUACAGGAGGAGGUCGCGGAAAGGCGCCGGUGGAUAGCAAAAGAUCAAGAGAAGGUUAUGCAGAGCGUACGUUAUUUGAUCAAGAUGCGCGACGAAAACAAGGCUAAACGAGAAGCGCGAGAACUUCUCGAGCAAGAGAAAACGGGUCUUCUGGCAAUAGAGAAUAAGAAUAAUGAAAUUGAUUCAAAAGAAAACUUUGAAGGAGUUAAAGGUAUUGAAUUAAAUACGGAAGAAAAGGACGUUAAAUCAAAUUCGAACGUCAUUGAAGAUACGCUGACAGAUUCUGAAACUGAUGACACUACGAGUGAAAGUGACUCCAGCGACAGUGACAAAGAUUCAAAAGGUAAAAUUGUAAUAUGUCAUCACAUCAUCAUCAGCCCAUAUUCGUCCACUGGUGUACGUAGGCCUCUCCAAAUGCACGCCACUGUGGUCUUUCUUCGGCAACUCGCAUCUAGCUCCUGCCAGCCGUCUUGCGCAAAUCGUCACUCCACCGUGCCCGAGGACGUCCUACACUACGUUUGCCGAGACGCGGUCUCCACUCUAGAACACGUUUUCCCCAACGGUUAUCGCUUCUACUACAAAUAUGGCCAGCCCACUGCCACUUCAGCUUACUAUCAAGAAACUAGUAAAAUUGAAUGGUCACAAAUCGAUCAAGGCAAGCGAUUAGUCCAGGAGCUGAAGGAGGAACAAAGUUGUGAAGACCAGUGGACUGGUUUCAAUAUGGGCCCUAAUUCUGGCGAUAGAAACACUUCUACUGAUUUAAACGCUAUAAGUAAUUUGUUAUUUAAUCAAACGCCACAUGUGGAAAGGCAAGGAACCUCUGAGAUAAUAACAGAAAGCAUUGAACAAUCCAAGCAGAAAACUAAGAGUGACGAAAAUCUACUAAAGACUAAAGAAUCAGUUGACACAAAUGAGAGAAAGCCUCUGAUUGAAAUAAUCGAAGAAUAUAAUAAAAGAUCUCAAGAAAGUGAAAGAAAUAAAGGGCUUAAUAAAGUUACAAUAAAAGAAGUAAAAACUGAUAGUACCGGAGAUCAAGACUAUAAAGAGAAAUUGAGUAAUAAAAAAAUAUUGAUUACAGAAGUUAAUAAUGAUAAUAUGGCAGAGGUAAAAAGAGAUGAUAUCAAUUAUGGUGGAGGAAGUGAUAACGAAGUCAAUAUGCCCCACGCAAAUCAACAACAAAUUACUGAAAUAACUACUACUAAUGAACUAGGUACAAGUGACAGUGACGGUGUAGCUUUCCUAAAAUACAUGCAUCGAAUGAAUUCAAAAGCGAGUGACAAUAACCUGGAUUUGGAACCAAGUGCUGAAGAUUUAGAAAUAUUCGAAGAACUUGAAAAGGAACAGGUGGAAAGAGAGGCUAGGUUUGCUCGAGGAGAACCUGCCGUUGAUCCAAUGAAGCUGUACGAUGAGAAGAUAAUGCAAGAGUUCCACAAGGGGCAAGAACCAACACCCGCUCAUGCACUCGAAGAGAAGAAUUUCGUGACAAAAUACGAUCACUACAACGCUUUCGACAGGGUCGCUCUCAGUCAGCUCACAUGUGGCAAUCCACCAGAUAAUAGCAAAGUUAAGAUAACUCAUAUACCAGGAGCUGUGUUAUACCAAAACAUUGAGAAACAGUUACCAGUUCCAGAACUACAAUAUCACAUUGGCGAUGAAGUAAUAGAGCCUGGUCCUUCAUCGGAUGACACUGAAUCAGUAUAUAUAUCAAAUGAAUCAGACGCAAUUAGCUCUGAAAGCGAUAUAUUAGAAUCACCUAAAUCAAGAAAUAAGCAAAUUGUACAAAAAAAUCUUAGAGGUUAUAAAACAAAAGAUAAUAAUUGCGACGAAGAUGGUGAAGCAGACAAACUGAAUGAUGAAAAUUCACGAAAAGGUGAUGAGUGUCAUUCCACUUGUGAAACAUUAGGUAAUAUGGAUAGUGAUGAAGCCAAACAGUCGAUUAUUGACGCGAUUAAUUCCUAUGAAGACAACAGAUUCCCUUCGCAAGGUGUUAAUUAUUCUGAUAUGGCACAAAACGCACGUAUAGAAGACUCUGUGGCUACAGAAAUUCUAAAGAAAACAAUAAAAUAUGAGGAACAGGAAAUGUAUAAGCAGUUAGACGUAGUGACGUCAUACGCCAGUAGAGUCGAUAAUAGCACGAAUACAAUUAUUGAAAAAAUAUCUGACGGGUUGGAAAAUGAGUACACUUUGCCAGAAGUGUCGCGUAUACUUGAAACUCAUAUAGAGGAAGAGGAAAUACACCAGCGUACUUUAAAAUAUGUUAAUUAUAUUCCAUCGCCGACUGAAUCCUUAGCCGAUGACAAUGAAGAUACUUUAGUGCCGAGUCAAGAUAUUUCGUUAGAAGACACAUUGACGGAAGAAAAUGAACAAGGAAAGGCGUCAGAAGCGAACGAUUCAGGUAUCUGCAACGAGUCUAUGGAUACAGGGAAAGUUAAUGAUGAAAUAAAACAUCAAAAUAAACAUACUGAUAAUAUCGAAGUAAGUAAUGAUGAGAUGAAAUCGGAACCGAGUGAAACGCAAAUGGUUGACGUGUCAGCUGACGAUGAGAUAUUCGUAGACUGUGAAGACGAUGUCAAUGAUUUGGCGGAAAAAGUAAAAAAAUGUGAUCCAGUUGAAAACUAUUCGUUGGAAAUGAAAUUGGCACUUGGACUUAGUAAGGAUUAAUGUAUUGUGUUAGCUGUGAAGGUCCUUUAUUUUUGGCAAUUUAAUUUUGUUUACUUUAAUGGGUUAAUUUAUUUGUUUAAUAAUUAUGUCACGAUGUUCACGUUUGUUAGUUA